CCUGGCCAGCGCGAAGCCGAGGAGAAGGCGGUCGACCUGGACGAGAGGAGAACGAGGCGGCGGGAGAGCAACCGCCUGACCGCCGGCGAAGAGGAGGAGGAGGAGGAGGAGGAGGAGGACGACGACGACGACGAGGGGAGCAACAUGCUGCGUCGGAAAUUGAGAACCGGAUGCAGCCGGCUCGGCUGCCUGCUGCUACUACUGCUACCGGCGGCAGAGGUCCUCGGGGUCCCGGACCCCCCCGCACCCGAUCUCACCACUGCACAAGACUUGUCGGAGCGAGGCACAAAGAAGUUCAGCGACGAUUGCAAGGAAGAUCGCGAAUGCGGCUUCGACGGUUCUUACUGCGACCCCAAGGCUAAGAAGUGCCUCUGCAGGGAAGAAUUUCACGCGACCAACCACAUCGACAAAUGCGGACACUCGGCGAAUAUCAACGAAUCAUGCUUCUUCACGGAGCAGUGCGAGGUGAUGGUCGCCCAGACGGAAUGCCGGGACGGCCGCUGCAUUUGCAUUUUCGAGAAGGUGCCCGUUCAGGGCAAGGAUGGCUCCAUCCAGUGCAUCGCCGAAGUGAAGGAGCCGACGGACCUCCGCUACAUCGACCCGGCGAUGAUUGGAAUACUCGCCGGGAUGGCCCUGAUGUUCAUCAUCAUCUGCGUCGUUCUGAGGCUGUUCAGCAAGGCUCGCUGGCGGGAAAACCGCACGAUCUUCAACACGCCGAAUGCCCGACUGAUGAACGUCUCGCUGCUGCGCGAAAACAAGCUGCUACACGGCCAGGAGCGGCGAGGCUCGCGCGCCAGCGUACGGGGCCCGUCUAGGCAGCCCUCGAUGGCAUCCUUGCGGGCCCACUCGCCUAACGCCUCGCAAGGUGCGAAACACUCUCAGCGAGUGAACCACGAGAAAAUCCUUUUGAAUAACGACAAAGGAAAGCGCGGAUGCCUCGCUUUUGCUCCGGUACAAGAUACUCGAAUAACGGAGAAUUGCACACCCUUGUCGCCAGGAUCGAGGACGGGCUCACGACGUGGCAGUCGCGGUAGCAGCGGCAACGCCUCCGCCAUUUCUGCCAAAUCCAACAAGUCGCCGCCCAACCACCAGAACAAUGUCACUGGUAGCGACCCUGUCCUGGAGAACGUCACUGUCGAAAUACUCGAAGACAAGCCCUAAGCUACGCGCUAUCAUCUUAAAAAGCAUACACACACUCAUAGAUUAUACGAAAGAAAAAAUUAUAAGAUAAAUAUUAUAACGCCGAGGCCCGGCGUACUCGAGCUCUACUGCUUGUAUAUCUUCUGUAUCAGGCGAAGCAAAACACUCGCAUUCUCGCAUAUAAACAAAACUGACGCUUAGACUAGAAACUUUUUCUUACUCUCGAUUAUUGUAUAAGUAAGUCUAGUUAAUAAGCGACACGGAAGAAUCUUCUUGUUCGAGCGAGUCUAUACUUGUUAUACUAAAUGACAUGCUUUCGGUUCUCCUGCCAAUCAUGCAAAAUCAAUUUGCGUUGACUGCACAUGUAUGUGAAUAAGUACAUGAACGCUUUAAGCUGUAAGGUUUUAUUAAUUUUUUACUUCAUCGAUGUUAUGACAAAAAUGGUACUAGUUGAUGUUGUGCAUGGAUAAUGAUUUAUCGUUAUAAAAAAAAACUAUCAUCCGUGUCCUGCAGUGUCGUAAAUAUUGCACUCAAAAUUUAUUGAUCGUCAGGUCAUUUUUCUAUUUAUUAUAAUUGUAUAUAUGUAUUAAGAAAACAAAGUAUGCACGUCGUACGAGAAACUUUUUCCGCGUGUCCAUGAUCUUAGGAUCUUUAGAAAUAAAUAAUCGACGAUUAGCCGGUGAGCAAGGUCGGACGAAAAAAAAAAUUGAUAUACAAUGAUAAAAAAUACAUGCAGUGACAUUUUUUCCACUAUCUCUCGAACCUAUUUAGUGAUCGAAUACUAUUAAAUAGUAUACAUGCAGUGACAAAGCGCUUCAUGAACUCAUUAAUAUAAACCGUAAAAAACAGAGAACGAAAAAGAAUUUUAGAGAAUAAAUAAAACAUAAAAAAUACAGUAUAAGAUUUACUAGUAGAUCUCUUUACUUAAAAAUGUGAAUUUUAAUUUUGUGAAUCAAUUGUGACUCCUUUUUUACUUCUUUUGGGCAAAGUUUAGUCAUAACGAUUGCGAUCCUUGCCAUUAUUGGAAAAAUAAUUAAGAAGCCCAACAGCCAAUCAAAGAAAAAACAAGUAUCAUUAUACGCAUAAGAUUGUUUAGCGUAAUCGAAAUUCAUUAUCGUUGUUAUAUUUCAUCUUACUUAUGUAAUAGCUAUUAUUGUUUCUGCCACAUGAAUAUAUUUGUUAUUCGUUCCUUUCUAUAAUUCCAGUCUAUAAUUAACACCAAUGAGUUAAUAUUCCUUCUAUAUAUUUAACGUAGAAUCUAAAAUUUCAAAAUUUAUUAAAACCUAGUUGCUAAAUUCUUAUACAAAUGCUUAUUUUAUUCGAAAAUUGCUUCAAAAAAUGCUUUUGCGAAACUACUAUAAAUAUUUAUUCUUAAUUUUUGAUUCGUCUUAUAUUAUGUAGACCAUACAUUACGUAUAACGUUGAACACAAAUAUAUGAAUAAAAUAAUCGCGUUAUUAUGAAGCCGUGCGAUAUGUAAGAUAAUUGCGCAUCAGAGGGAAGUUGAAAUGUUGCGAAAAUUCAGAUUAUGACGAUCGAUCGAAUGAUUGGCGAAUGUGAGAAAAAAGAAUAAAAUAGUAGGAAACCGAUUGAAAUCAAGCAAUGAAAACAUCCGCGAGUCGCCCGGUUGCAAACAAACCAUAUACGAAAGGGACCAGACGAAAGUGUUUUGCGUAUCGAUCACCAUGAUAGAAUAAUGAAGUAAUCAUCUCGAGAAAAAAGUUAAAACGUAAAAUAUUGAUAAUCAUAAAUUGUUGCUGUACUCAUGCAGAACCAACCUGAAAUAUUGUAAAAUCUUAUUUUUUCCUUUUCUUGACAAGACAGAUAUAAGCUUAAUCAUCCGAACAGCAAUGUGGCAAAAAUAAAUAACACACAACAGUAUAUUAAAAUCAUAUUAUGGUUCACAGUAGAUAUAACAUUUAUAUGAUAGCUAUAUUCCAAUCAAUUGCAUAACACGCCGUAUUUAAAGAUAAUCUCGUCUCAAACGAAAGGAAACUAUAAUAAUCAACAAACUGACACGAUCAAGUAAAAACAAUGCAUAACUCUGUUGCUUUUUCGUGUAAUGCGAAAACGUACAAAUUAUAAUUACGGAUCUAUGUCUCGUAUAAGGUAAAGAAGCAACAAAUAUUGGCCGUGAUUUAUAAAAACAGUGCCAACAAAGGCAAGGAAUGGAAGCUUCGUUAAUCCGCACCUUAAAUAUUAAUUAUAAUGAAAUACUAUCACAUUAACAAACUAUUACAAGAAUAACCACGACCGUCAUUUUACGUCUCUACAUGCAAUUCGGUGCCUAUGCUAUCAGUACAUAUAUAUAUAUAUAUAUAUAUAUAUAUAUAUAUAUAUAUAAAAUGAAUUCUAUAUAUAAGAGAAAUACGUUAUUGAAAAGAUUAUAUAUGUAUGCAGGCAAGCAAAUUAACUAAUAGGAAGCUAAACGUAAUGUUUAUCAAGUUACAAUAAAAUUAGCAAGAAAUAUACGAAAGCAUAGCACGAUCCUAUCAUAAAUAUUACAACUAUAAGCUAUUAUGAUUAUUAUUAUUUGUAUUAUUAUUACUAUUCUCGUUUAUGUUUGUUAUACUCAUUAUAGAAUGUAUAAAAUGUAUUAAUUAAUCUAUUUGAAUAGAACUAUAGUGAUGAAUACCUAUAGUGGUCGUUGCGCUACUCUGUGAUUACGUACGCUAUUUAAGGGGUAGAUCGCGCGAGCGCGAUCGUCGAACUCGCUUAGGGUUAUUGUAUAUGUGUGUAUACAUAUGUAGUAUAUUUACUUGUAAUAGUUAGUAGCCGUAUAAAGGCAGUUGAACAAGUAUAGAAACUGCAGAACAAAAUGCGAGAAAGAGCGCACAAGAAGGGCAGAUAAUCGAGAUUGCGAGCCGCAUCUCGUCCAGGAUAGCGAAUGUUUCCUUUGUUUCGAGUUAAAUUUAAGCUAUACUAUAUUUCGACGUAUACACGUAAUUCGUAUAAAUACGUUCUGUGAGUAGUAGUUAGCUCAAAACAGGAAAACUUUUUCGCUAAGUCGGUCCAAUAUCUUCGUGCGUUAUUUUUCGAUUUUGAAAAAAUGAAUAAAAAAA